AUGGCACCCCUACCACCAGCCUACGACUCGACUGCAGCUGCGGCAUUUACAUCGAUACAGAGACGUGUCGUGGAUGUCAGAGAGCAUCAAAUUCCACGAUUACGCGAUUGCAAAGAAUCGCUGGCUGUGCAGCAACAAUAUAAUGCGGAACUGCAAGAAGACCUUGAGACCUUAGGGCGGCUGGUGGAGGAACUUGACGACUUGUCCGAGGACCAAAGAGGUGACCGCGCCCAACGAGAGCUCAAGGCUGUCGUGGAGGAACUUCGUGGGGAUAUGGCCCGCUUGAGGAAAGACUCACGUGCGGCGCUUCUCGCCUCCAAGCGCGCAAUCGACACCGCAACAGCUUCUAAACGCGAAGAGCUUCUACGUUCCGCCGUUAUGCGCAACACUACGCAACAAACAUCGGAAGGCAAAAUCACUGAGGAUGCGCUGAUGAAGGCCAACAACGACGUUACCGACGCUAUGCGAUGCACUCUCGCUCUGAUGCAAGGCGAGCUAGAGCGCUCGGUCCUUUCGGCGCAGAUGCUUGAGUCUUCUACGGCAUCAUUGAAGUCAACGGCGGACACUCACGACGUUCUGACGAACCUCCUCGGCACUUCGAAGCAGCUCAUUACCGCGCUUGAGAAGACCGACUGGAUGGACCGCCUCCUUAUACUAGCCGCCCUUGCGUUCUUCUUGUUAGUCGUACUCUUCAUCCUGAAACAACGCAUCCUCGAUCGGGGGUUGCGCAUCGCCUUCUUCUGGACGCGCUUUAUUCCCGCCCUGUCAGGCGAGCGGACUGCAUCGAAGCUGGACUCGCGGCUGGUAUCCUCGUUGUUAUCCGCCGUCGAGACCGCGCCUCGAGAAUCUAGUGCUCUAUCCACAACGUUGGUGGCCGUCAGCACAACUGCAAGUACCGCCUUGGCCAGCGCUGUAACCGCCGUCGCUGCAAGCACUGUUCCAUUCUACCGGACGAGGCAACGGCGUCUGCUACAGCUACAGACUCCGCCCCUCACGACGAACUAUGAAUGGUCCCGUUACUUUGCUCUAUCCGUCAUAUUGUAUUUGUUCUGGCCUAAUGGAAUGCAUUUCCCUCUCAAGUUUGCUUCCCCGCAGCAGGAAUCGCAUGCCACAGAAGACGGCCUUGUAGCUGGGGCCCAAACUAGCCUUCGAUGA